AAAUUGAUUUCAACGUAUCUCUCCCAUUCGCAGGUGGCCAGCGAUCAUCACCAGCCGCAGCAGCAACAGCAGCACCAGCACCAUCAGCAGCAGACAGCGGAUCAACUCGUCCUGGAUAUCAGCAUGGAGCAGUCACAGUCGCAGCAGCACCGCCUCCAUGGCGCCCUCACACGCACCAUCUCACAGCCGGCUCAACAGCGCCACCCUCUGCACCAGCAGCAGAUCCAACAACAGCAGCAGCAGCAACAGCAGCAGCAGCAGGGUGUUGCCUCCUUGGUGACCAUCAUUGAGAAUCUGGGGAACAUGAAUCUGCACCGUAAGCUCGAGCGCACACAGUCGGAGCCGCUGCCCCAACAGCCCAUGAACAUAUCUCGCUACAAGACGGAGCUGUGCCGCCCGUUCGAGGAGGCCGGCGAGUGCAAGUACGGAAAGAAGUGCCAGUUCGCGCACGGCUUCCACGAGCUGCGCAACCUGCAGCGCCAUCCCAAGUACAAGACAGAGUACUGCCGCACCUUCCACAGCGUCGGCUUCUGCCCCUACGGGCUGCGCUGCCACUUUGUGCACAACGCGGACGAGGCCCGCGCUCAGCAGCAGGCCGCAGCCCAGGCGGAAGCGGAUUGGGAGGACAGGCCAAGCAGAAGAGCAUGAGCACGCCGAUGCAGCAGGAGGAGAUGCCGCGCUUGCCCGUCUUCAACCGCCUGAGCUCUGCCGUGGAGGACUACCAGCAGAAGCUUCAGUCCAGCCUACUGCCCUAAGCAGCUCCAGCAUCAGCAUCAACACGAACAUCAACACAGUCAAGCCACACCUCACCUUCGCCUUCGCCUUCGCCUUCGCCCUCGCCCUCGCCCUCGCCCUCGCCCAUUCACCCAGCAUCCUCCAAUCAUUCAGUCAUUCAGUCAUUCAGUCAUGCAAUCAGCCACAGCAACAGCAACAUUGACAAAAUCUCAACAACGACUACUCCGAACCAUUGUAGACUUGAUCCCCUGGCUGCUCCCUGCUUCCCCGGGAUAACUUCGUAUUCACUUAUCCACCGGGGGUCCGCAAUUCCCUUAUCCUUAUACAAAUCCUUAUCCAAAUCCAAACCAAAACACAAACCAGCAAACAACAACGAUGAUCUUGACCAACGAACAGCACUCUUCUUCCACAACGGAAACGGAACAGCACCGUAACGCAACUGAAUGAGGAACAGAGUGUUGCUCGAACACACAAAAACAAUUGAAACGAAAUCUGAUCUUGAAAACAAAACAAAUAAUACUUGUAUACACGCACGCGACUGUAUACAGAUCUUCGGUCUUGCAUUUAUAGGACCUAUUCGCGGACCCGCACACCCAUUAGAACCCAGGCACAUUUGCUCUUGUUUAAUAUCUAUGCAAAAAUUUUACUAGUUAUUACAUGCGAUCGGUCGUAUUGAGAAUCGAUUAUCAAUCGAUCCGAUCAAUGUAUCAAAAUCCAAUCCAAAACAUAUACAUAUAUAUACAAAAUAUAUGUACAUGAAUACAUAUAUAUAUGUAUACAUAUAUAUUUUAUAUAUAACGUUGGACCGUAACGUUGUCUUCCAAUCCAAUCCAAAACGGAUCGCCGAGAGCCGAGUAGGUUCUUUAAUUUAUUAUCCUGCUAAAUUAUGUAGUAGCAACUUUGUGUACAUAUUGCGAUAUGAGUUGAUAUUUUUUGAUAAACUUUUAUAUAAAUUAUACAUACUUAUGAUUACGAGACUACGAUAAUGAUAAUGAUAACGAUAACGAUAACAGUAACAGUAACAGUAGCGCCAAUGCCAAUCCACUGGCGAACGCUAUUAACGAUGAUAUACCUCUUGCAGUCCUCUGCAAUGCAACAAAACAAAA